AUGUAUGGGAUUCACCCAGUAUGUGAUUGGAUCAGAUUUUGGGACAAUGAGAUUGGAUUGGGGAAAAAUAAAAAAAGCCGCCUUGACGGAAGUACCUUUGAAUGUCUGGUCUUUCGGGAGAAACGCGUCACCAACAUGAUUGGACGUAAAUACGCAAGCUCGUUUUGCCAACUCUCGCCUUUUUUGCUGUUCUUCACCUUUGUCUCCUUUGUUGUCUUUAUUCUUUACGGCAUCCUCACUAUCCCAACUAAAACAAUGGCUCCUCACAAACUUUGCAUGAUUCCUGGCCCUAUCGAGUUCCACGAAGAUGUUCUCGCUGCCAUGGGCACUCCUGCCACCUCCCACGUUGAUCCCAACUUCAUCCCCGUCUUUGGUGAAUCCAUCGAGAUGGUCCGUAAGGUCGUUCUCUCUGAGAAGGCUCAACCCUUCAUUGUCUCCGGUUCCGGCACUUUGGGUUGGGACAUGAUGGUCAACUUGAUCGAAGCUGGUGAUGAAGUCCUUGUUAUCAACACUGGUUACUUUGGUGACCACUUUGCUGAAUGCUUGGAAGUCUAUGGUGCCAAGAUCACUCACUUGCGUGCCCCCGUUGGUGGUCGUCCUUCCGCUGAUGAGAUCAAGCAAGCCGUUGCUGGCAAGAAGUACAAGAUGGUCACUGUUACCCACGUUGAUACCUCCACUGGUGUCCUUUCCGAUAUCAAGAGCGUAGCUGAGAUCGUCAAGGCCAACUCCCCUGAGACUUUGGUUGUUGUUGAUGGUGUUUGCUCUGUUGGCUCUGAGGAGAUCCGUUUCGAUGAAUGGAACUUGGAUGUUGUUAUCACUGGUUCCCAAAAGGGUCUUGGUGUUCCCCCUGGUUUGUCUAUUGUCAUUGCCAGCCCCCACGCUAUUGAAGUCUUCAAGAGCCGCAAGACCCCCGUUCCUUCCUACUACUCCAACUGGAACAAGUGGAUCCCUAUCAUGCAAGCCUACGAAUCCCGCAAGCCUGCUUACUUUGCCACUCCCGCUGUUCAACUUAUCUAUGCUCUUCACUCUUCGCUUAAGCGCAUCACCAGCCAACCCAUGGAGGCUACCUUUGCUAAGCACCAACAAGUUGCUUCCAACUUCCGCAAGACCGUUCAAGACUUGGGUUUCAAGUUGUUGGCUCACACUGAGGAGGGUGCUGCCAAUGGUAUGACCGCCAUUUGGCUCCCUGAAGGUAUCACUAUUCCCCAAGUUGUUCCCAGCCUUGCUGGCAAGGGUGUCCAAAUCGCUGGUGGUCUUCACAAGGACUGUGCUCCCAAGUACAUCAGAAUUGGCCACAUGGGUAUCUCUGUCAUGGAAGAUGAGCGUGGUCAUAUCCAAAAGGUGAUUGACUCCUUCAAGCAAACCUUCACCGAGCUUGGUUACCUUAAGGCUUGA